CAUCGCAUAGCAUUGCAUUCAUGAUAGUAUGUGUAUCCCUUCUGCCUGACUCGCGCAAGCUAUCCCUUUUCUUCUCUCGGCAUCCGGAACGAAGAUACCGAAAUCAACUACCAGCUCCCUGAUUUCUCCAUCCUUUACGCCUCUUCGAUCUCCUUAUUGUCGCACGAUUCCGAAAGUCGAAUCGGAUUAAGUUGGCGGUUGUUCUCCCAGAUUGUCUGGCUUUGAUUCGCCAUGGAUAUCUCAGUGGCUUCAGUCGUCGUCGACCUCCCUAGUUUUUGCACCUCCAAACCGCUCGCCUUCGCUAGAGCUUGCCCUUCCCAAAGGCGGAAAUUUGGGAAUCCCAAACCACUCUCAGACCCCAGGAAGAAGCGGGUUUAUGUCCGUUUAGGCAGUCCUCAGAGUUUCGGGGAGAUGGGACGCACUGAAUUGGAUGUUAGCGUCGGUUCCGGUGGUGUGCUUGAUGCCCUCAAGUCGAUCUCCGACCCGGUUCAGGCCCUUUCGUUCUUCACGGAGGUCGCCCAGCGGCCGGUGGCCGUCCACACGACUGAAUCCUUUGACUACAUGCUUGACUUCUUGAGGGUUCGUGUCAGAGUGGACGACAUGCGCCUUGUGUUUGAUUUAAUGCAGAGGCAGAUUGUGAAACGGAGCCCCAGCACUUUUUUGAUCAUUUUCAAGGCCCUUGGCGUCCGUGGGGGGCUGCAGAAUGCCCCGCUCGCACUUUCAAGGAUGCAGGAGGCUGGGUUCGUGAUGAAUUCUUUCUCUUACAAUGGACUGAUACAUUUCCUUCUUCGUGCUAAAUUCAGUAAAGCCGCACUGGAGGUUUACAAGCAGAUGAUAUCAGAACGAAAAAUGCCAAGUAUUAGAACUUAUUCUGCUCUCAUGGUAGAUUUGGGCAGGAGGAGGGAGACAGUGGCUGUGAUGGAACUUUUGGAUGAGAUGGAAGUGCAAGGGUUGAGUCCAAAUGUAUACACCUUCACCAUAUGCAUUCGGGUUCUUGGCCAAGCAGGAAGAAUCAAUGAAGCUUAUGGUCUCCUUAGGAGAAUGGAGGAACAAGGGUGUCAACCUGACGUAGUAACUUACACUGUACUAAUAGAGGUGCUUUGCAGAGCAGGGAGGCUCACUGAAGCAGAGAAAAUAUUCUGGAAGAUGAAGGCUAGUGAGCAGAAGCCAGAUAGGGUGACUUAUAUCACAUUGUUGGACAAAUUUGGUGACGGCGGGGAUUUUAAUUCAGUGCAACGAUUUUGGGAAGAAAUGGAAAAGGAUGGUUAUCGCGCUGAUGUAGUUGCUUAUACUAUUCUGAUAAACGCUUUGCACAAACAAGGUAAGACUGAAGAAGCUACUAAAACAUUGGAAAUCAUGGAAGAGGAAGGGAUUUUGCCAAACUUGCAUACUUAUAAUACGUUAAUUGGUGGCCUUCUUAGAGUGAACAGGCUGGAUGAUGCUCAAGAGCUCUUUAACCAUUUGAAUAUUCAUGGUCCAAAGCCAACAGCUUAUACCUAUAUCCUUUUCAUUGACCACUAUGCAAAAUCUGGAGAUUUUGAGAAAUCAUUUCAGACAUAUGAGGUUAUGAAGAGAAAGGGAAUUGUUCCGGAUAUUGUUGCUUGCAAUGCAUGCUUGUAUGGUCUUGCAGAGUCUGGGAGACUUGGACAGGCUAUUGAAGUUUUUCAGGAAUUGAAGGAUGUUGGUAUUUCUCCUGAUACUAUUACAUAUAGCAUAAUGAUUAAAUGUUGCAACAGGGUUGGAAAAGUUGAUGAAGCUCUGAGGUUGUUCAAUGAAAUGAGACAAAGUGGGUGCAACCCGGAUGAGAUUACUGUCAAUUCGUUGAUUGAUGCCCUCUACAAGGCUGGUAGAGGAUAUGAAGCUUGGACAGUCUAUUUUGGUAUGAAGACGAUGAAUCUUGAGCCCACUGUAGUAACAUACAACACGUUACUGUCAGGAUUAGGAAAAGAGGGAAAAGUUGAGAAAGCCAUGGAGUUGUUUCGGCAUAUGAGAAAUCAUGUUUCUCCUCCGGAUACAAUAACAUACAAUACUUUGUUAGACUGUCUCUGUAGAAAUGGUGAGGUAGACCGUGCAGUGAAAAUGUUGUACGGAAUGACAGAAGAGGAAUGUCUACCUGAUUGUCUAUCUUAUAAUACUGUAAUUCAUGGUUUAGGUAAGGAAGAUAGAGUUAAUGAAGCAAUAUGGCUCUUUCAUCAAAUGAGAAAAGUUCUUUUUCCUGAUUUUGUAACUCUAUGCAGCAUCUUGCCUAUGCUUCUCAGAAAUGGGUUGCUGGAAAAUGCUAUCUAUGUUACCGAGGCUUAUGCUCUUCAGCCUGAUGCUAUAACAGAUAGGUCUUCAUGGGCAUCUCUUACAGAAGGCAUAAUAAAUGAAACUGGAAUUGAUCAAUCAAUUAAGUUUGCUGAAAAGGUCACUAAAAAUGGUAUGUUCCAAAAUGACACAUUGUUGUGCCCUCUUAUUAAGUCUCUUUGUGGGUGUAGGAGAGCAUGGGAUGCAUAUACUGUUUUUGAGAAGUUCAAAGGCUACCAUAUUUCACUAACCAUUGAAACAUAUAACCCUCUUAUUAUUGGGCUCCUUGAAGUCAAUUUAGUUGAAGUAGCUGAAAGGAUCUUUGCAGAGAUGAAAACAGCUGGAUGCUGGCCAGAUGUUUUCACCUACAAUGCUUUCCUUGUUGCUUAUGGCAACUCAUCAAGAAUAGCAGAUUUGUUAAAGAUGAAAGAAGAGAUGCGUUUUAGAGGCUGCCAACCAAACAACAUAACCUACAAUACAAUCAUAUCAGGCCUUGUCAAGUCCAACUUACUGGAUCAGGCAAUUGACUUGUAUUAUGACCUUAUGUCCGAGGGUUUUUAUGCUACACCAUGCACAUAUGGUCCUCUUCUUGAUGGACUCUUGAAAUCAGGGAGAGUACCUGAGGCAGAACAUCUGUUCAGAGAGAUGCUUGAGUAUGGAUGUAAACCUAGCUCUGCCAUAUAUAAUAUUCUCAUAAAUGGAUAUGGAAAAUCUGGCGAUGUCGAAAAGGCUCUUCAGACAUUUGAAAAGAUGAUUAGAGAAGGUAUCAAGCCAGAUGUGAAGUCUUACACAAUUCUUAUAGACACACUUUGCAUGGCUGGUAGAGCUGAAGAUGCUUGGUGCUACUUUAAGGAAGUAAGGUUAACUGGUCUGGAACUCGAUUUGAUCAUCUUCAAUUUGAUGAUUAAUGGUCUUGGGAAAUGUCAGAGAGUACAAGAAGCUAUGACUCUCUUUAAGGAAAUGCAAGAUAGAGGAAUAUUUCCUGACUUGUAUACUUAUAAUUCUUUAAUACUGACCUUUGGGAAAGCUGGGAUGGUUACUGAAGCUGCAAAGAUGUACGAAGAACUCCAAUUGAAAGGUUUCCGACCUAAUGUCUUCACAUAUAAUGCACUUAUUCGAGGUUACAGUGUGUCAGGUAAUACUGACCAUGCAUAUUCGAUGUAUAAGAAAAUGCUAAUUGGAGGGUGCAGUCCUAAUUCAGGAACGUUUAUCCAGCUUCCUAAUCCAUGAUGUUACAGGUCUUGAAGAUGAGAAAGAGAUAAUCCUAAAAGCAGGAGGAUUUAUCCAUGCUGGACCAGUAAACGGAAGCUUAAACCUUGCAAGAUCAAUUGGUGACAUGGAUUUAAGGAAAAUAAAUUUUUACCUGCGGAAAAGCAAAUUCUGACUUGCAAUCCCGACAUUAAUAUUGUGGAGCCAUCUCAUGAAGAUGAAUUCAUUGUUAUAGCAUGUGAUGAAGUCUGCUUCAUAAGGCAAUGAUGCGUGAGGAAUCAGUAAAGUUUGAAGAGGGCAUCAUCUUUCAGGAAUUAUAUAAAUCCUUCAAACUCGGUUAAUGAAAAAGCAGGCCCGGAAAAGGCUUCCAAUGAAAAAGCAGUGGUCAAUGAAGGCAAUGCAGGUGAAACCAUUGAUGAACCUGAUGGUGCUGAGUAAGUUGUAUAUUCUAUUCUCUGGCUUGCAAUUUUGUAUGGUGUAUAUGAUAUAGGAAUCAUUUAUAUGCAAAUCUGUCUGUUACAUCAAAAAAAUUUAUUUUUAAAAGUACCACUUGUAACGUAGGAUACUCAGAGUUUGUCAUCCUUGAUACCCGACGUUCCUGAAUUUUCUUGCAGGUAAAUCCUUUGGUUUGAUUUGUAUUUAAUAUCUGUUAUUCAGGUAGUUUUCAAAUUUUACAGCACAAAUAGUACUUACUGUUCUUCAAUACAACUGAUCAAAAGCAUCACCAACUUAGUUUAGGAUCUCCCUAUCAAGUUGAGGUCAUUAUUGAGCUCAAAAUCCACAUAAAAGCAAAAGCUUCAGUGAAUUAAUCAAGGCUUUUUUAGAUGUCAACUACAACAAUUUCCAGUGAUUCAGUGAUUUUCUUAACCUGUAGUAGUUCUUAGUCAUUCCUGAUCAGGCAGGACCUUUAGAAGUUAUACAUAUAUGACCUGUAGUUCCUGUUUGAAAAUUUCCUUUGCUGCUUUUUGACUUCCACACCAGAUCUCAACGUACUGUGCAACUUAAUCUUCUUGAUCAAAGCAAAUGGUGGCAUAUGCACCCAACUAGGAAAUUUUAAUGAUCAAUUGAUCUCACUCAUCUUGCUGGUAUGCAUACAUCUAGAAGCUGUUCCCAUGGAAUGCCCAGUUGAUUAGAGUGCGGUAGAUUUGUUCCAUUGGAGAAGCUAAUUUAGAGGGGCACUCGAUGACAGCCACUCCCACUCAGCACAGCAGUGCAGCCUGUGCAGGGCGACACUGGGACAAGUUGCUGCAGCAUGCAUGCAUGCAUGAUGGGCUCAUCUUCUCAUUAUCUCCUUUCUCCCCAUGCUGUUGAGGAAAGUAUUAAUAAUAUCUUGACUCGGGGUGCUAUGCCUGAUUGGUUUGCA